AUGGAUGUCCUCAAGCUUGAACAAACCCGCCAGGCUCUGGAGGCUAGCCUGCAGAAGCUGCGACAAACACUCAAACACUGGCAGUUGUGGGAGGCGGAGUACGAGGGUCUGAAGGAGGAAAUCUUGCUGCCCGGACACGACCUUGAUGCGGCUGAGCUCACAACCAUCUCACAAACCUACGGUGGCGACCUGGUGAACGAAAAGGAGAUCCGCGAACUGGCCGCUCUGGACAGUGAUUCGCCACGCUCCGCCAAGCAGAUCAUCGGACUCAUCGAACGGCGACAGGAGUACGUGCAGAAGAACAUCGAGACCGUGCAGCGCCAGUUCUUCGAUGCCGAAGCGAAGCAGGAGGAGCUCGCGUUUGCAGCGGCGACGCAAAGUGGAGGUGCGGAGGUUGGGUUGCCGCUUACCGAGAUUCACGAGGAGCUUGACGAGGAUGGAAAUGUGGUUGCAAGUCGACUUAGCCAGCCGGAGCAAGCUACUGCCAAAGCGAUCGAAGAUCUGAAGAAGGCUGGUCUCACGGAGAAGGAUCUGGAAGGGGCGCCAAAGCCGAUAUCGAGACCAAGCUCAGAGGACCUGAAACCCGCCAUCACCAAUGCGAGCCCAACUGCAGCCUCUUCGAUCACCGUCGACAAGCGGCCACAAUCACAGCCUGUACCCGUGAGUCCUAUAGGAGAUGGCUCUCGCGAAGAGGCAGAAAGGCCUUCAAUCCGCAAGAAGUCUGUCUCAUUCACCGCAGACACGAAAGUGGCAGAAGAGCGACCACGAUCACAGUCACGUGAGGACGGCAAAAAGAGUGUCUCAUUCAACGACAAGAUUGCUGUCAUGCCUGCUGCACCGCCCGCAGACACCAGAUCCGUGUCGUUCUCACCGCAGGUAGAAGAGAUCCCGGCAUUUCCAGAAGGUCCCCUUUCGCCGAACGUGCCUCCAAUGACUGCUGACGAUGUCGAAAAAGCUAAGUCUCUGAUGGCUGCGGGGGAUGAGGCGACCGAUGCCACUGAGAGCGAUGCAUCCAUUGCUCAGGGUGUUGUCAUACCACAGGACGAAUCACCAGAAGACGCACGUCUAAGGCGCGAAAUGCUGGACUAUCAUCUCAACGAAGUCGGUAAUGUAGUCGCGCAGAUGGAACUUGAUGAAAACUUCAUGGACUACGAUGACGACGACGAUGAUGCCGGCUCGUUCCACACGACUUCCGAGUACCCAGAGGACGAUGACACACCCUACACUACCGGCAUGUCGGAGUCGGAGGACUCAGAAGAUGACACUGGCAGGUCAAAGCGUGCUCAGAUCACGCCAGAGUACCGCAAGCAGAUGGAGGAGCUACAGGAUCGCCUCAUCGGCAAUCUUGGGCCAGCGCCAAAGGACGAGGAGGUCGCGGACGCAGAUCCGGAUCUAGACCCGCAAGACGUUCGGAGGCUGGUGAUCCGGGACAAGCGCCUCUCUACUUCCAGUGUGAGCUCUGAGAGCAGCGAGAAGAAGGCAGGUGUCAAGAAGCGGGUUAGCUUUGCAGAGGAGCUGGAUGUUGCUGAGCCUGGGUCUCCACCACUCAAGGCCCAGAAGCAUCACGAUGGCGAGAACGUCACGCCGGUGGCCGAAACCAUCUCGGAGCGACCUACCACGACCACACCUUCCACAGCGCCAACUCAACCUGCGAGCAAGCCGUCACGCUUCAAGAAGUCUCGUGCAACUCCUGCCACCACGUCCGAAGAUGAUGGUACCGCCUCACCGCCAGCCACGGCCGGGAGCGUAAACGACUCUGAGGACGCUCGCCCGCUCCGCACCACCCUGCUCGAACGACCCAUCCAUAAAGGCUCCGCCGCGGCCCCGCCGUCACUCGACAAUCCAGACGCAAUCACCCAGCGCCGCGAGCUGGCAGAAGCCUACUACUCCCGCCGCAACGACUUCAUCCGGCAACAAGGCGGCUUCAAGGCGAACGCGGACGACGAUGAGGAAAUGGGAGAGCUGAUGGAGGAGACAGAGGACGGGAAGCUGAAGAAGGUCAGUCGGUUCAAGGCUGCGAUGAUCAAAGGGCAGUAA